CUGGGAGAUUUACUAUUGGUAGGGUACGAUUGAUCUCAUAGAUUUGGUUACGAGCAAAAGAAAGAAAAGGAUAAAUUUGUCCAGCCGGGAAAAGAUGGGGCGCGCAUAGUAAUAAUAUUGCUGCGCCGAGCUUCACCCCUUCUAGGGUUCCGUUUGGAGUUAGAGCCUCAGAGGUUGGUUUGGUGUGUAAAAAUGGCGUGUACCAUAGAUUUCAGGUUCCUGGAUGAGGGUUUCGGAGGCAAAACGUACAAGCGCAAGAGAGCGGAGAAGGAGGCCGGCGUUCGAUUGGAGGAGGAAGAUGAAGACGCUGUGGCUAUGGAAGUCGAGAACGGCGCUCCUCCGUCAAAAAGGCAGGCCGUCUCAUCAUCCGAUGAUCCGAAUAGGCCGGUGAUGGGGAAGCCGACGUACGACGGUGUGAUAGCUGGGAGAGUGUCAGGGAGGAACUGGAAGCAGGUCCGGACGCGUAGAUCUUCGGCGCUUCAUGUUAGUCGGAAGGGGAAGACGCUGGAUGAGAAGGUAAAGGAGAAAGAGAUAAAGAAGGCGUACAAGGAGAGGAUGAGCGAACUGAAAGAGGCGAUCAGGCAGAACAAGAUAGAGAAGCGGAAGAAGAGGGAGGAGAGGGAGAAGAAGAAGAAGGAGAACAUCAUCAAAUCUGGAACCAAGUUCCAGAAGAUCACCAAUCCUAAGACUCUUAAGAAAAUUGCCAAAUCUGCCAAGCAGAAGAAGCUCCUCCAGGUGGUUUCUGAUGAUCUUCUUAAAGGCAGUAACAAGAAGUAGUAAUUCGAUCCUUUAUUUCAGAAUUUGGGAUCGUUUUUUGGCUAUAUUCACUUAUGAUUUUAAUGUGUUUUCUCCAAAUGUAUUAUCUAAAUCAAUGCGGUUUUCUUUUAAAUCAGUGAUUAUAACUGUUUCAAAUUUUGUUGAAGCCUCCUCUCCAAGAUUAUUAUGGUUUAAUCCAAGUCGCUAGCUAAUCCGUCUUAGUUUUAUUAUAGGCUUAUAGCUAUAAUAGUGCUGGUCUAUGUAUUUCUUCUGUUUUUUACUCCCAUUAAAUUGCCUUCUUUCCCAUUAAAUUGCCUUCUUUCAUGACUAGCUUAUUAUCGUUUGCUGUAUUAUUGGACUAUUGUGUCCUCAAUCUCGAAAGAUAAUCUCAUUAUCCA